AUGCGUGCUGGCGCCUACCCUCUUCAGUCUUAUGUUAUAUGCCAUGCUGAUGCUGAUGAACGCCUCGGGACCCGCAUCGCCUAUAGGACGGACGGCCACCUCCUCAAUCAACGGCGGAUGCACUUCCAAUCGCGCGUAUCCACAAGCACAGUCCACGAACUACUCUUCGCCGACGACUGCGCCCUAAACACCACCUCGGAAGAGGACGAGCAAAGGAGCAUGGAUCUCUCCUCCGCCGCCUGCGAGAACUUCGGCCUGGUCAUUAACACGGAGAAGACGGUGGUCAUGCACCAACCGCCACCCAACACAGCCCCUCCACACAAUGCGCUGCAAAUCAACGGGAACGGAACCCAACUGGAAGUGGUGGACAACUUCACGUAUCUGGGCAGUACCCUUUCCCGAAGCACGAAAAUCAACGACGAGGUAGUCCGCCCGAUUUCAAAGGCCAGUCAAGACCUCGGCGUCUUCAAUGCAGUUUGGAAUCGUCACGGUCCCCAGCUCAGCACGAAACGGAAGAUGUGCAAAACCGUCACCCUCCCGACGCUGCUGUAUGGAGCAGAGACGUUGACGGUGUACACAAAGCAGGCACGCCGACUCAAUCACUUCCAUCUCAGUUGUCUUCGCCGCAUACCGAAGCUGAGGUGGCAGGACCGAAUCCCAGACACUGAUGUACUGGAAGGGACGGAAAUCCUUAGCGUCUACGCCAUGCUGAUACAACUGCAGCUGCGUUGGAGCGACCAUCACGUGCGGAUGGGCGACGAGCGGCUACCCGAACGACUCUUCUAUGGAGACAUCGCCACGGGUUCCCGCCGCCAAGGAGGCCAAAUCCGUCGAUUCAAGGAUACUCUGAAGUCCUCCCUGAAGUGUCUGCAAAUCGACCCGUCCAACAGGGAAGACCUCGCCCGAGACCGACCGACCUGGAGAAGGACAGUGAUGACAGGCGCUGGAAUCUCUGAAGCCAACCGCAUCGCCGCCGCGACAGCCGAACGAGAAGCACGCAAAUCUCAGCAUCGCCCACCUCGCAGUGCCAACGCACGACCGCCGCCAGCGUGUCCACGGUGUCAACGGACAUUCCGGGCGCCGAUUGGACUUGUUGGACACCUUCGGAUCAAUGGCAUCGCUCGGACUGCACCAGCCAUCGCCCCUCCGUCCACCUCUUCCUCUUCCUCUACGCGGUCAACUAAUUCUGACCGCCCCCCCUGA